GCCCCUCGGGUGCCGCGAGCUCCCUUACGCCCAUGGAGCUCAUGCACCGAGCUGUCUUGGACCAGGACGAAGCCUACGUCAUGCUGUGGGAACCUAAGGACAAAGAGAUCAUCUUCGAAGUUCAGGUGAGGACGCAGGGGUACGUGGGCCUCGGCUUCUCCCCCAACGGUGGCAUGAAGGGUGCCGACGUCGUGCUUGGCUGGGUCGCAGACGACGGAAAAGUCAUGCUGCAAGACUGCUAUGCCACAGACUACACCAUGCCCAAGAUUGACAAAUCACAAGACGUGGAGCUUCUGGGAGGAUACCAGAAUGAUACCCACACUGUACUGCGGUUCUCAAGGCCCUUGGACUCUUGUGACGCCGAUGAGGACCGGAAGCUCACGAGCGACACCAUCCGGCUGAUCUGGGCGUAUGGGCGAGAGGACCCUGACGAGGAAGGCGUGGUGAAGAUGCACGACGUGCGAGGGACAAAGAGCCUGUACCUGAUGGAGCCGCGGUUCAACCAGACGGCUGUGGGCGAGGACGUGCGCACUUGGGAAGUCAUGUCUCCGAACGUGACAUUGCCGGAUAAUUUGUCAACACUGUACUGGUGCAAGAUGUACAAAAUCCCACGCCUCGCCCGGAAGAACCAUAUUAUUGGAUACGUCCCAGUCAUCCAGAAGGGCAACGAGAAGCACGUGCACCACAUCUUGCUGUACGAAUGCCACGUCUCGGACAGCGAACGCCAUUUCGAGAAGUGGCUGGACGUGGAGGGCGCCCAGUGCUAUGGUCCUAACAUGCCCGUGUCUUGGUAUAAGUGCAAUGCGCCUCUUAUAGCAUGGGCAGUGGGCUCUGAAGGCGAAAUGUUCCCCGAGCACGCCGGCUUCCCGCUGGGCGAGGAGCACGGCGGGGCCACGUACCUCAUGAUGGAGAUUCACUAUGAUAAUCCCCAACUGAGAAAAGGCGUGGCCGACGGCUCCGGCCUGCGGAUCCUCCACACCGAGCGGACGCGCGCGCACGACGCCGGCGUGCUGCAGCUGGGCCACUACGUGACGCCGCUGGAGGUCAUUCCCCCGCGCAUGAACUGGCUCACGGUCGGCCACUGCAGCGCCGACUGCCUGGCGGACCGGCUGCCGGCGGAGGGCGUGAGGGUGUUCCAGGGCGUCCUCCACGCCCAUGUCCUCGGCCGCGAGAUCAACCUCCGGCACAUCCGCGACGGCCAGGAGCUGCCGCCCGUGUUCGCAGACAAUAAUUACGAUUUCAACUACCAGCAAGCACGGGUCCUCCAGGAUGAAGUAGCGAUCCUUCGCGGUGAUUCUUUCAUCACGGAGUGCCGAUACGACUCCAGAAAGCGCAGCCUCCCUACAUUUGGCGGCUUCGGCACUGAGGAGGAGAUGUGUCUGGCCUUCCUGUCGUACUACCCUCGACUCAACGUGUCGAGCUGCCUCUCGCGCCCGAGCCUAGAGACGCUUCUAGGCACGCUGGGCGUCGAGGACAUCCACAACAGGGACGCCAUAAUCAAAACUCCUGCGAGCGAAUGGGAAUUAAAUGGGAGAUCGGAUCUACCAGAAGAAAUCGACAACUCGCUGUACGAAGAACUGACGCAGGAGGAGGGCCCGGCGGCGCUUCCCUUGGAGAUGGCGCAGUCCUUCCGGGGGAUUGUUGCCAAGUCUCCUGAGAAAUACGCCAACAUGUCUCUCUACGACAUCCUCAAGGACGAAGCCACUUGGGAAGACUUCAAGAUGGUGAUGCGUUUGCAGGACGAGGCUGUGUACAGCAAGCAUGUCCUGUACUGCGGCGAAUUGGAUGGCCGAGAUCAGGUGAAGAUGUCUGAAGGGUAUCCCGACUUCGUCCCUUACUGGGCUCCGGACACGACCUGCGGGAACCAGGACCAGGGCACGCCCACCAAAGGCCGCCCAUUCCAGCCUCACAGCAACAAGAUCAACGUGAGGAAAAUGCUGUGUCCUUCGGAUCUCAGCAUCUGCAAGAGCCCCCAAAGGCCUCUCGGGGCCCUCGGGAACAGACCCAUCUUCUUCUGAGCCGCCGAGGGACGGAGGGAGGGAGGGAGUCAGUGAGCGAGGGAGUGACUGAGCUUGAGAGUAAGUGAGCGAGUGUACCAGUGUAAAAAAGGGAGAGAAAUAGAAAGAGAGUAAGAGACAGAGAGAGAGAGAGGGAGGGAGGGGGAGAGCGGGAGAAAGAGAGAGAGGAGGAAGAGGG